AUGGUUAUGGCACCUGCAGCUAGCGACCACCCAAGACUAUAUUUGAAUGAUAAUUUUCAUGAGAAAUAUAAACAUGUCGACAAUUCGGACGAUGAACAUAGCGGGAAAUCCCAUUUGAUCGAGGCCAGAGCCGCCUCCAGGCAGCUUGUCUUUGACAUCUUGAAGCAACGGGCCGCUACGGUCGAUGUCCAGACUUGCUAUCCGGGGGACGAAGACCCGUUCUACGUUGCUGAUCUGGGAGAGAUCUAUCGCCAGCAUGUUCGCUGGAAGACGAACCUUCCCCGCGUGAAGCCCUUCUAUGCUGUCAAAUGCAACCCGAACCCUCAGGUCCUCCGUCUCAUGGCCGUCCUCGGCAAUGGCUUCGACUGUGCAUCCAAAGCCGAAAUCGACCUCGCUCUCGACGCCGGUGUUGACCCAACUCGCAUCAUCUAUGCUCACCCGUGCAAGACCAAGUCCUACCUUCGCUAUGCCUCCCAGGUUGGCGUCAAGCAGAUGACCUUCGACAACACCGACGAGCUCUACAAGAUCAAAGCAAUGUGCCCUGAUGCCGAGCUAUACCUGCGUAUCUUGACCGACGACUCCGCCAGCCUGUGCCGCCUGAGCAUGAAAUUCGGUGCCUCGCUCUCGUCUGCCCGCCCACUCCUCGAACUCGCGCACGAACUAGGUCUCAAUGUCGUCGGUGUCAGCUUCCACGUUGGUUCCGGAGCCGAGGACCCUAAAUCAUUCAUCAAAGCCGUCCAGGACGCUCGCUUCGUUUUCGACCGAGCAGCUGAAAUCGGAUUUGACCUGAAAGUCCUCGAUGUCGGCGGCGGGUUUUCGGACGAUACUUUUGAGCCUUUCGCCUCUGCCCUUAGCGAUGCACUGGAUACCUACUUCCCGCCCCAUAUUCGUGUCAUCGCCGAGCCAGGACGAUACUACGUCGCAACAGCAUUCACGCUGGCAGCCAACGUCAUCGCACGUCGCGACGUCGGAGCCGAGGAACACCUCUCCGACUCUGAUUCGGACUCCACGAGCUCAACCCGUGCCACUACCCCGACAUCCAGCGGGAUGUACAUGAUCUAUCUUAAUGAUGGCGUAUACGGGAACUUCUCCAACAUCGUCUUCGACCACCAGCACCCCGUCGCACAGAUUCUGACCAAGGACGAUCAGGACACCUGCUCUGCUCCGAUCCAGUAUUCCAUCUGGGGCCCGACUUGUGAUGGCAUUGACGUCAUCAGCCAGAGCGUCACUUUGAACGGCUUGCUGGGUGUGGGUAACUGGCUCUAUUUUGAAAACAUGGGCGCCUAUACGCAGUGUAGUGCCACUCGCUUCAAUGGAUUCACCGACAAACAUGAGGUGAUCUAUAUUGUCACUGAACCCGGUGCGGCAGCCCUUUUGGGCUAUUGA